AUGGCCUCCCGUACCCUUGUCUCGGGUCUCCCCCGGUCCCUCCCUCCCCUUCCUCCGGGGCAUUCCCCUACCUGUGUUCCGUGUGUCGAGGGCCGGCAGCACGCCGCUCCUCACUCCUCCGAGUUCCCUUCGACAGAGGCUCCCCUGCAGACUCUCCACAUGGACGUGUGGGGCCCAGCCCGCGUCAGUGGACAGGGUACCGAGCGUUACUUCCUGCUGGUCGUUGACGACUACUCGCGUUACACCACAGUCUUCCCCUUGCGCAGCAAGGGUGAGGUCACUGAGGUGUUGAUCGACUGGAUCCACGGUACUCCUCCGGUAGACCCCCUCCCCCCUCAGGGUCCUGCCCCCUCAGGUGUGUCCCAGGUAGACCCUGCCGAGCUGGUCGAGGUAGCUGUCGACUCAGAUGCUGGUAGGGGUGCUGAGCCUGCGGGUGCGGGGACUGGGGGUGAUGAGCCUGGGGUUUCUGUGUCUGAGGGUGUGGAGCCUGGUGGUGCUGAGCCUGAGUGUGUGGAGCCUGGGGGUGCUGAGCCUGGGGGUGCUGAGUAUGGGAGUGCUGAGCCUGGGGGUGCUGAGCCUGCGCGUGCUGCGUCUGGGGGUCCUCCGGGUGUCCCGUCGCGGCGGGAGCCCCUCUCUCCGCAGCAGCUUCGUGAGUGGUACGCUCGGCGCUGUCGAGGUGCUGCUGGUGCUGCUGGUGCUGCUGGUGCUGGAGGUGCUGCUGGAGCUGCUGGAGGUGCUGCUGGUGCUGGAGCUGCUGGAGGUACUGGUGCUGUUGGAGGUCCUGCUGGUGUUGGAGUUGCUGGAGGUGCUGGAGCAGCUGGUCCUGGAGGUGCUCGUGCUGGAGGUACUGGAGCUGUUGGGGCUGGUGGUGCUGCAGGAGUUGGAGCUGCAGGUGCUGGAGCUGUUGCUACUGGAGGUGCUUCUGGAGCUGGAGCUGCUGGAGGUACUGGAGCUGGUGGUGCUGCGGGAGUUGUAGCUGGCGACCCUGGAGCUGAGGGUACUGGUGCUGUCUCUGCUGUUUCUGGAGGCGCUGCGCGGCCGCGCCCGUACUACGUUCCGCUCCUUCAGCACGUUCUUGGUCUCCCGCCUUCACCUGGUCCUACUCCUCCUUUACUGAGUCCACCGCCUGUCCAGUCAAAGUCGCAGUUACAGCCGACCUCUCCACUGCCUGGUCCUUCUCCUUACUCUGGACCGACUAGAGGUCUUACAGAGCGUCGUGAGCCUGAGUCGCGUCCUGUGUCGCCUGAGUCUCGUUCUGCGUUGCCUGUCUGCACUGUUCGCCCUGGUCGUCGUGUUUCGCGUCCACGUCCUCCUCCUGUCCCUGGCACUCACUCUAUGACAUUGCGCCCUUCCACUGCUCCACAGCGUGUCCCUCUGCCGUCUUCUCCUGCGUCCUCUCUUCCUGACGGUCCGGACCCGGAGUCUGACUCCCUUCGUGCUGCUAGUCCUACUGUCACGCGCUUUCUGGCCACUGCUGUCACUGACCCUUUGUUUGAGUCCACUGCUGCGUCUGCUCUCGUUGCUGAGCUUGUUGAAUUUGCUGCAGCCUGUCGCCUAGACUUUGCCACUAGUCUUGUUGCUGAGUCUGCGUCUGCGUCUGUCUGUCCUCCGUCAGUCAGGGGUGAGUGUGCUCUUUUCACGGACGUCCUUGAGGACAGACAGGAGGAGUUUGAGUGCUUUGCCGCUGCUGUACCCCAUCUCGUGUCCAUGCUGCUUGCCCCUGAGGGAGACCCGGAUGCACCAGACAUCCCGACCCCGCGCUCUUACGCAGAGGCGAUAGAAGCUCCCUACUCCUCUCUAUGGCAGACAGCCAUGGACACAGAGAUGGCUUCCUGGAAGUCCACAGGCACCUAUGUCGACGAGGUUCCCCCGCCUGGGGCGAACAUCGUCAGUGGCAUGUGGAUUUUCAGGGUGAAGCGGCCGCCGGGUUCUCCGCCUGUCUUCAAGGUGCGUUACGUUGCACGAGGCUUCAGUCAGCGACAGGGAGUUGACUUCUUCCAGACCUUCUCCCCUACCCCGAAGAUGACCACUCUUCGGGUGCUGCUGCACGUUGCCGCUCAGCGUGACUACGAGCUACACUCGCUUGACUUCAGCACAACCUUCCUACAGGGCAGCCUGCACGAGGAGAUCUGGCUGCGCCGCCCACCUGGCUUCACUGGGUCGUUUCCUGCUGGUACCCAGUGGAGCCUCCGGCGGCCAGUCUACGGUCUCCGCCAGGCACCCCGUGAGUGGCACGACACACUGAGGACGACUCUUGCUGCUCUUGGUUUUUCUCCUUCCACUGCUGACCCGUCGCUGUUUCUACGCACCGACGCCACUCUGCCGCCGUUCUACGUUCUCGUGUACGUAGACGACUUGGUCGUUGCUACUGCUGACACUGUGGCACUCGCCCACGUGAAGUCUGAGCUGCAGAAGAGACACACGUGCACAGACCCGGGUGAGCUGACAAGCUAUCCUGGCUUGCGGAUCACCCGGGACAGAGCACAGCGCACCAUUACCUUGACUCAGUCACACAUGGUGCAGCAGGUCCUUCAGCGCUUUGGCUUCACGUACUCCUCGCCACAGUCCACUCCUCUGCCUACCGGUCACUCGCUCUCAGCUCCACCUUCGGACGAGUCCGUAGAGCCGAGUGGCCCGUAUCCAGAGCUUGUGGGCUGCCUCAUGUACCUGAUGACUUGCACACGACCUGACCUCGCAUACCCUCUCAGCCUUCUGGCUCGCUACGUGGCUCCCGGUAGGCACCGAAAGGUGCACUGGGAUGCUGCGAAGAGGGUGUUGCGCUACUUGUGCAGUACGUCGGGCAUGGGGCUUGUGCUUGGAGGACGGGCUCGAGUUGUCCUCACUGGUCACGCAGACGCCUCCUGGCGGCAGCUGCAGCAGUGGGAGACUGAGGAGGAGGAGGAGUAG